AUGGAUGCCACGUCGUCUUGGAGUCCAAGAGAAAGCGGCGGUAGCUACGCGGCAUCCGAUCCGACCGAUGUGGCAGCCUUCCUGAGCUCAAUCAACGCAUCGUGCAGCCUCGGCCAUGGCUCGCAACAGGACGGCGCAGCCGCCGCCUCGACGCCCGACCUUCCCAUCUCGGCCACCGUAUCCCUGAUCGAGGCACAGAUCGACCAGCUCGAAAACGCCAUCACCUCCACCAUCGACCAGAACCGAGACACCUUCACAUCCCACCUCGACGCCGGCGCAAAGAUCGAGGCGGACCUCGACCACCUCUACCUCGCCACCCUCGAGGCCUCGGACCAGAUUGCCGGACUCGCCCCCGCCGUGUCGCCGGCGCUCCACGACUACAACGCCGCGCUGGCACAGUCGACCUACCAGCAGUGGACCAUCGAUGCCAUCGAUGCCCUUCUCGAAGCGACGAUCCAGCUGGAGCACGCCGAAAGCCUGCUGUCGAGCGGGCAGGUCGCGGCGCUCUGCAAGCAGCUCGUACCCCUGCGUCAGUCCAUCGCCGCUUUCGAGAACCACACGGGCUCCACAGAGCAGCCGGGAAAGGCCCUCGAUCUCGGCUUCCUCUCACAUGCGGCCAAGGCACCGAAUCCCGCCGUGCAGGAACUCUGCCGGAGGGUGGUCCAGGUCGAGAGCGGGCUCAAGGAGGUCGUAGACCUGGCCUGGGCCGGCGCCAUCACCCUGGACAGGGCGAAAAGCCCGACCGCUGGCGCGAAACUCGUCAUCCGCGGUACCAUCGACCUGGCAGGCCCAGCUGAGGGCAACGCCAUCUCGCUGCCAGACUUGAUGGGGGUCCUCGCCGAGCGCCAAGCAUUGGCUGCCGGGAUUCGAGCGGUAGCUGUGGGCGUCUUUGAGCACCUCGCGCGUCCGCUUCUGAACCACAUGCGCUCGCCAAGCCCGAGGGUCCGGCAUCAGGCUUCAGCCGCCACCGAACCGGCUAGCUUCUCGGUCCGCCCCGUCGAGGAAGACGCCAGGCCGUCGGAGCCGAUACCGGCCAUCAUCAGCCUUCUCUCGUUCGUCAAGGCUCACCUCUUCGACGGCCUCGAAGAUGCGCGAAGCAGGGAUGUGCAAGGGGUGUUUGCGGGAGAGCUGGUCCCUCGGCUGAUCCCAGCUGUGCUCUCGACGCUCGAUGGGGCCUUGCCGAGCAGCGUUGGAUCCGUCGACGGAUCUCUGCAAACGAUCCACGAGCAAGCUGCAGAGGCUACGAGCCUCGAACGGUGGCUGAGGGGCAACGGCUUCGCCGCACCGUCCAGGGCGCCGAGCGAGGACGAAGACGCCAACGACAAUGCCUACGCUCUCGCGCGGUGGGCUGACGAUGUCGGCGCACACUUUUCGCGCCGCUUGGCCGGGGGCGCGCUGGACCGAGCGAGGCGGCUGAUUCUGGCCGAGGGGCAGGGCAGUGCAGCGGGAAGUCUGUACGGCAGCGGCUGGGAGGCCGAGGUGAUCGAGGUCGAUUCCAAGAUGGCCCAGCUCGAGUCGGCGCUCUCGUCGCAGCAGCAAGCUCUGAAGGACGACGCAAGGGAGGUCGAUGGACUGCUGCAGAGCGCGGGGAUGCGCGCUGCCAAUGCCGAGGAGAACCAAGACGAUGCAUCAGGGUGGGGAGACUUCGAAGAGCCAUGGACGAACGGCGAUGCCGGAAGCGCCGCAAAGCACAGUGUCACCAACGUCCGCAUGGCACGGCGGUCACCGCGCCCGUCCUCGUCAGGCAGCUCAGCUCGGCCGGGGUCCAGCUCCGGUCAUCAUUCCGGCAGCUCGACACCGCGGACCGACUCGCCUUCGGGCGUGGGGGGCCGUAAGGCCAAGGCCAAGCUCGGCGGAGUGAGGGUGAUCCGGCCGCAGGACCAGCUCGGAAGCGGGCCCUUCAACACGGCCGACGUGCCGAUCGACGAUGCCAGCUGGGGUCUCGACGACGAGGACGAAGCCGACGGCGGCGUUGCAGCGGAGCCGACGGUGGCAGAGUCUUUGGCAUCCUCGACGUCGUCCCUCCCUCCACCUGUGGUAACAAAGGCCUCACUGGCCAGAUUUUCGCCGCAACCCGAGCCCGAUGCGACAGAAGACGAUCCCUGGUUCACCUCGGAGCAGGACGACGAGGUCGACAACGCCGCUGUCGCUCCGGUUAAAGCUCACGCCGCCGCUUCAGCGCACGGCGAGGCGCCGAAGUCGGUCCAGUCGAGCUCCAUGCAACCCUCGCUCAGCCAUUCAUCCACCUCGUCCUCCUCCUCGGCCAACCUCGCAGCUUUCGCAGUGCAGUCGGUUCCGGAUGCAGCUGAAGGCGAAGACGAUGCAUGGGCGCUCAGUGACGAGGACGAGGUCGAGGCCCCGCCUUUGACACCAACAGCCAACAUCAUCAAGGACGGCGGGGAGCGUGAAUUCCCGAAUGCAACGCAGACGGCUUCGCGGGCGACCGAUGCCAUGCCCUCGCAGGGUGAUUCUCAAGAAGGAGAAGAGGGCGAUGAUGACCCCUGGGGGCUCUCGGAGGAGCAGGCUGCAGAGCAAGCCGCGCUGGCCGAGCAGCGCACUGCGCGGAGCAACGACAAGCUGGACCAAGCACGCGACGAUGCCGACGACGCUUGGCAGCUCGAUGACGAGGACGCGAUGGAGGCUAUCGAACAGGCUGCGGCGCCCCAGUCGCAGCUCGAGGUUCGGCCCGAGUCGAAGGCAGAGCCCGAGCCCGAGCCCGAGCCCCGCAACGAUCACGAAGAGAUCUCUGCCCUCAAUGCCGACCCAACGACAGUCACGCAGUCUGCUUCGCCUCCGCCGCCGCUGGCCGAGUCCACCAGCAUGUCGCGCUCAGGAUCUUCAUUCCUGCCCGCUGAUACUCUCGAAGACGACGAAGAGGAUGCAUGGGGUCUCAAGGAGGAGGAGGCAAAGCGGCUCUCGAUGCUCCUCAUGGCCCCACCUCAGCUACCCAAGCCGGAAGACGACGACGGCGAUGCGAUCGCCGAACCGCACCAGAGCAAGGCCGGCUCAGCAACCCCGACGCCGUCGCACGGGCUGCACGAUGUGGCCGAGGCCAACGCCGAGGACGAGGUCGAGGACGUAAAUGGUGCCGAAGCGGAAGAUCGAGCUGAACAAGUGGCAGCGGCUCCGAGUGAAGCGGAACUUGAGUUCGCAACGGAGCCAGAGCAGUCCGACCUGGCAUUGGAGCCCGUCGAGGCGGAUGAGCGGGCUCGCACGCCUGAGCUUCCCUCCGAGCCACCGACCCACGACCGGACACAACCCGCCGCGACCAACGACUCGAACGUCCAGUCCGGGCCAACAGAGCCUGUGCCAUUGGCGCCCGCAGAUGACGUCUCGGGCAGCAGCGAGGCACGGCACGAGGAUGCAGCUGCCGCUGCCGCUGUCGACGAAGGUGACGAUCCGUGGGCAAUUGAAGACGAGGACGACGAUGCGCCUUCAUCCGUGCUCCAUCCCCAAACCGCCGACUCGGCGCCCCUCGAAGCAAGCGCGGUUCCGAUCGAAAGCAACGCCGAUCAGCAAGGAGCAGAUGCAGCAGUAGCGUCCCAUUCUCCAUCGCACUUGGAAGAAUCGCGCGACGAGCCUGCCGAAGCUACGGUGCAGGACGACGUCGACGAAGAAGACGACGAGGAUGCGUGGGCGUUCGAAGACGAGGAGGUCCCUGGCGCCGCGGCCGCAUCGCCGCAGACCGCGCUGGCCAAGGCGGCAACGCUCACCUCAAAGAAUGCGUCGACUCGACCGCGGCCAUCGGCUGGCCAGCCUGCGUACGGGAGCGCAGCGGCGCACAACUCUGCUCAGCGCAGCGUGGACCGCGCCUCUCCCGCCCUGGUCGUCCCAAGCGCGGAGAAGCCAGUCGAGGCAGUCGAGGCUACGUCCGCUCCAAUCCAGCCACCCGCUCCGAUGCCCGAGCCGGCGCCGGGGGCGGUCAAGGAAAAGUGCACAAUCAGCAAACGAUCGAUUGAGCUGAUCCGACUGGCAGAGCAGGUGCUUGCGGACGGAUUGCGGCUGCACCGCCAGCAGUCGUCGGCGGACCGCGCGCCUGCCCCGCCUCCGGCUGCCCCGGUGCUGGCAGCAGUGUGCGACAUCUUUGAUCUGCACCGCUCCCUGAUGCCCGUCGCGCACGGCGAGGCGCUCCGCGACGUUCCUGCCUUGGCCAUGCAGUUUGCCAACGACUGCGACUUUAUCGCGCGCCAAGUCGAGCGCAUCGUCGCCGAGUCGAAGAAGGCGUUUGCCGAGGUGCCUGCCGAGGACGGAAGGGAGCUGGAUGUCUUUGAGAAGCUCGAUGGGCAGGCUCGCCUGACCCGGGCGCUAGGGCAGCGGUGGUUCGACGCUCAGAUGGCCACGCAAACCAAGACGCUGCAGCACACGCUAUCUGACACACCCUUUUCGCACCUGUUUGAGCCGCGGCGGUACGAGAGGUGCGAGCGGGGCGUCAAGCAGGUGCUGCACACGCUCGUCCAGCUGUCCAAGGCGUGGCGGCCCAUCCUGCCGCUCUCGUCGUACCUGGCGGCCAUGGGCCAGCUGGUCGAGGCUGUGCUGCGCCACGUCCUCGCCGAGGUGCUCGAGCUCGAGGACAUUGGCGAGACCGAGAGCCAGAGGCUGGCCGACGCCAUCAAGAUGCUGGGCCAGAUUGAGGAGUGUUUUGUCGAACGCCAGGGCGAGACGACGACCAAGGUGGCCUUUUACGUCCCGAGCUGGUUCAAAGCGAGCUACCUGAUCGAGAUCCUGACUGGCUCGCUCGUCGACAUCGACUUCCUGGCAUUCGAGGCCCACGCCCUCGUCGACUAUAACCGCAAGGAACUGAGCGGUCUCAUCAAAGCCCUCUUCACCGAUACCGCCAACCGGGCCAGGCUGCUCGACAAGAUCGACCGCGCCGACGUGUCGUGCCUGCUUCCUUGA